AUGACGACCCUCUCCCUCGCUACGCCCUACUCUCCCUGCCCGUACAAGCGGGUAGGUGCAAUUCAGUUCGGCGUACUGAGUGCCGAGCAAAUCCAGCGGAUGUCAGUCUGCGAAAUCACAAGCACGGAGCUCUACGAACAAGGCCUUCCCAAAGCCAAUGGCCUCAACGACUUGCGCCUGGGAACUUUGGAUUAUCGCCUCAAGUGCCAAACUUGCUUGAUGGACGUCAAAAAUUGCCCGGGUCACUUUGGUCACCUCAAUCUCGUUAAACCGGUGUAUCAUUAUGGCUUUAUUGGCGCUGUUCUGCGCGUUCUCCGUUGCGUGUGUUGCUCUUGCGGGCGCCUCCUUGUUUCCCGCAACGAUCCUCGGCUCCAGGCUGCGGCAGCAGUGCGAGCUCCUGCCAAGAGGCUACGACGGCUGGUAGAUUUGUGCGCUGGCAAAAAGCGGUGCGAGAUGGAUGACGAGGGAGGGGAGGACACGGCAGGCGUGGGGGGAGGCUGCGGCUGCGUACAGCCGCGGUACUUCAAGGAGGGGCCAAACCUGAUGGUGGCUUUCCCCGAGCAGAAGGGGGGAGUCGAUGGCGAUGAAGAGGCGCCUGAGGACCUAAGGAGAGUCCUCGUACCGGAGGAGGCGCUCGCCAUCAUCAAGAGAGUGCCGGAGCAGGAUAUUCGGCUGCUGGGGUUCGAUCCAGAGAGGGCACAUCCCGCUUCCUUCAUCCUUAGCACUCUCCCCAUUCCGCCCCCUGCCGUGAGGCCAAGCGUGCAGAACGGAAACACGAGGAGCGAAGACGAUUUGACCCUCAAGCUCGUUGACAUUGUCAAAACCAAUGCUUCCCUUAAAAGGCAGGGCGACUCGGUCCCUUCCGCAGUCCUGCAGGAGAUGAACCUCUUACUCCAGUAUCACGUCACGACGUUCUUUGACAAUGAUAUUCCAGGAGUUCCCGUCGCGACAACGCGAUCUAAGAAACCCAUCAAGGCGCUGCGUUCUCGUCUCAAGGGGAAGGAGGGGCGGCUCCGGGGUAACCUGAUGGGGAAGAGAGUGGACUUUUCCGCAAGAACCGUCAUCACAGGUGAUCCUAACCUGCCAAUCGAUGUAGUUGGCGUCCCGAAGAGCAUCGCCAUGACCCUCACGUAUCCAGAGUGUGUCACGCACUUGAACUUGAGCAAGAUGAAGGAGCUCGUGAAAAGAGGGCCACUUGAAUGGCCAGGGGCGAAGUAUGUGAUUCGGGAGGACGGGACGAGGUUCGACCUGCGUCACGCGAAGAAGGGCGGGGAAGUGGCAUUAGAGGUUGGCUACAGGGUGGAGCGACACAUGCAAGACGGAGACUAUGUGCUGUUCAAUCGGCAGCCUUCGCUGCACAAAAUGUCCAUCAUGGGCCACAGGGUUCGGGUGCUCCCAUACUCGACUUUCCGUCUAAAUCUGUCCGUCACUUCGCCCUACAACGCAGACUUUGACGGGGAUGAAAUGAAUCUCCAUCUCGCGCAGAGCGAAGAAACGCGGGCGGAGAUUAAACACCUCAUGCUCGUGCCUAAGCAGAUCGUCUCUCCACAAGGGAACAAGCCCGUCAUGGGAAUUGUGCAAGAUUCUCUUCUUGCGGUCAGCAAGUUCACGCGACGAGACACGUUUCUGACGCGGCCCAUGGUAUUUGAUUUGUUGCUGCAAAUUCCUUACUGGGACGGAGUCGUGCCGCCCCCGGCGAUUCUCUGUCCUGAGCCUUUAUGGACAGGAAAACAGCUGUUUUCCCUUCUUCUCUGUUUCAACACGAGUUCCGGGGGGGGCGCCAACACCCGCAUGCGCAUCAACAUGAUGCGCGAUGUCGGCGGGCUCGUUGAUAGAAAGAAAGAAAACUUGUUUGUCUCGGAGCGAGACGAAAGGGUGAUUAUCCGGCAGGGCGAGCUUUUGGCGGGAAAGAUCUGCAAGAAAACCGUCGGUUCCUCCAGCGGCUCUCUAAUUCAUCUUCUCUGGAAUGAAGCAGGCCCCGAACGCACCAAGGAUUUUCUAGGAGCGCUGCAGAAACUUGUCAACUUUUGGCUGCUACAUCAGGGAUUUACUGUAGGCUGCAGUGACAUCAUCACAUCCGAAGAAACCUGCAAGAAAGUGCAGGAAAUCCUCAAGGAAGCAAAGGACGAAGUGGCACAUCUGACGCGUUUAGCGCAUCAGGGAAGACUCGAGGCGCAGCCAGGAAAGAGUUUAAGGGAAAGUUUCGAAGCGCGGGUCAACAAGGAACUGAACGCGGCAAGAGAAAAAUCGGGGAAAAUCGCAUCGGAGCAGCUUGAUGAGUCGAACAACAUCAUGGCCAUGGUGUUGGCUGGCUCUAAAGGGAGCACAAUUAACAUUUCUCAGAUUAUGGCCUGCGUGGGCCAGCAGAACGUUGAAGGGAAACGGAUUCCCUUUGGGUUCAACAAUCGGUCUUUGCCACAUUUCAGCAAAUUCGACUACUCUCCAGAAAGCAGAGGGUUUGUUGAACACAGCUACCUCACGGGGCUGCUGCCUCAGGAAUUAUUCUUCCACGCCAUGGGAGGGAGGGAAGGUAUCAUCGAUACAGCUUGCAAGACUUCGGAAACUGGGUACAUCCAGCGCCGGCUCAUGAAAGCCAUGGAAGAUGUGAAGGUCAGCUAUGACCGAACAGUGCGCAACAGUGCACAAGAGGUUUUGCAAUUCCUCUAUGGAGAGGACGGCAUGAGCGGGGAGUAUGUGGAGGACCAGGUGAUCGAGCUUAUGCAGAUGGAUUCAGAAAAGAUGCGCAGGGUCUAUCGACACGAUUUCGAUCAGGAAAGCUAUGGGAAGGGCUGGAUCUUAGACGAAGAGCUCAGGACUCGACUGUUUGUCGACUUUGCGGCGCAACAAAUUCUAGAGGAUGAGUUUGAAGCGAUAAAAGAGGAUAAGCUAAGGCUGUGCAAGUCUAUCUUCCCCGAUGGGGAGGUAAAGCAGCACAUUCCCAUCAACAUCACCCGCCUCGUCGAGUUUGCCAAGGCGCAGUUCCCUGCAUCUGCCGAGCAGAUAAAGAAUCAGGACCCCGUCAGCAUUGCAACAAGCGUGCAAGAAUUGUUGAACGAGAAGCUGGUGGUCGUCAAGCAGACCUGCAAAGCAGACACGAUCUCGGCGGAGGUGCAGGAAAACGCAACCAUUUUCAUGAAGGCGCAUCUCAGGACAGUCCUCAAUUCGAGGAGGCUGAUGGAGAGGGAGCAACUUGGCACCAAGGCAGUCCACUGGUUACUGGGAGAAGUAGAACGGCAGUUUCACCGGUCCCUAGCGCAUGCAGGAGAAUGCGUAGGAGCGAUAGCGGCGCAGUCCAUCGGGGAGCCGGCGACUCAAAUGACCUUAAACACGUUUCACUUUGCGGGUGUAGGAUCGAAAAAUGUCACUCUUGGUGUUCCUAGGCUCAAGGAACUCAUCAACGUCGCGAAGACGGUCAAGACGCCAAGUCUCACGGUGUACCUGCUCGAUGAAGGAGCCUACGAUCAGGAAAGGGCGAAGGAUGUGCAGACACGACUUGAACACACCACCUUGGAGAGAGUGUGCACAAUGGCGCAAGUAAUUUAUGAUCCGGAUCCAACGAAGACAAUAGUUCCUCAGGACAAGCAGUGGGUGUCCGACUACUACGAGUUUCCUGAUGACGAGGAGCUGCCGGAGAGCCUUGGGCGGUGGCUCCUGCGAGUGCAGCUGGACUCGAAGGUGAUGAUCGACAAGAAGCUAACAAUGAAGGAAAUCGGCGAAACGAUUUAUAGGGAGUUUGAUAAUGACGAACUUGAUUGCAUUUGGACCGACGACAACUCGGACGAGCUUGUGCUGAGGAUCCGGAUCAAGAAACAUGGCGUAGAGCAGGAGAAUGGAGCCGAUGACCAAGCUUCAGAAAUUGAGAAUAGGUUUCUUCAGAAGCUCAUGCUUCAUUGUCUUGUCGGAAUUACCCUUCGAGGCGUCAGCCGGAUCACCAAGGUGUACAUGAGGGAGGAGGCUCGGACGUUGUAUAAUCCAACAACGGGGAAGUUCGAGCGCGUGAAUAACUGGGUGUUGGAUACCGACGGCUGCAACCUUGAGGAGGUGUUGACGUGCCCGCGUGUGGAUUCAACUCGAACGACGAGCAACGACAUUACGGAAAUAUUCGAUGUUUUAGGGAUCGAGGCGGUCCGGCGCGCCCUCUUGCGGGAACUGCGUGCGGUCAUUUCCUUCGACGGGAGUUACGUGAAUUACAGACACCUCGCUGUUUUGUGCGACACGAUGACGCAGAAGGGCUAUUUGAUGAGCAUUACGCGCCACGGGAUCAACAGGGUAGAGAAGGGUCCGCUGAAGAAGUGCUCCUUCGAGGAAACGGUGGAAAUUCUCAUGGAGGCUGCAGUGUUCGCGGAGACGGAUCACCUAAGGGGCGUGACUGAAAACAUCAUGGUCGGCCAGCUAUGUCCUCUCGGGACGGGAGACGUGGAUCUUUUAAUCGACGAAGAGAAACUGAAAGACGCGCAUCGUGCGGCAGAUGCGCAACAAGAUCUGACGCUGGAAGGCCUUGUAUCGCCAGGAGGAGCUGACGGCUUUUCUCCUGACGGGUCAGGCACGCCUUCGCCGCACAUGGUGUCUUCCGUCUUUUCCCCCAUGCCGUUUUCGACCGUUUACUCGUCCUUCGCGCAGUCGCCUUCGAAUCCGCUGUCGCCCACGUCUCCUACGACUGGCUCCGACCAGCGAGCAAUCGACACGCAAGCCUUAGGCGGCAAGUUUUCGCCCCCCCAGCAAACACCGCGCUCCCCGACUUCCCCCAUGUCUCCGCUGUCGUGCUUCUCCCCCCGAGAAGCACAAAGCCCCCUCUCUCCAGUUGGCGUCGGACAGGGUUACUUUUCGCCCGCUUCGCCGAUUGCCGACGCUACCUUCUCCCCGUCGUAUUCGCCGUCGUCUCCCCUGCAAAGCCCUUACUACCAAGCGAAUGCCACUACCAGGGAUGCCGAUGGCGCAGCGGCGGCUAUCAACGUCGCCUCCCCGUCCUACAGCGCGUCCUAUUCUCCAACCUCGCCCACCUUCUCCCCCGCCUACUCGCCGUCCUCCCUCGCCUCGUACUCCCCAACUUCCCCCGUCUACUCGGCCUUAGGCAUGAAUCCGUCCUCCCCCAUCGCAGGUGCUCCUCUAGCGCCCUUCUCCCCCAACCAGAAUGUCGCCUCCCCCUCCUACUCGCCAACUUCGCCCGCCUACUCGCCAACUUCGCCCUCCUACUCGCCAACUUCGCCAGUUGCAGAUCCGGCAUCUCCUGCCUCGCCCGCUUACUCCCCAACCUCCCCACGAUACUCCCCAACCUCUCCACGAUACUCCCCAACCUCUCCCGUAUACUCUCCCCAGUCGGAAGGCUACGGAAACGUGGCGUCACCUGCGUAUUCCGUGCAAUCUCCGCGUUAUUCGCCAACGUCCCCAGUCGCAUACUCGCCAACUUCACCGGUUCAGGGAGUCAUGUCGCCUUCGUAUGAGGAAGCUGCGCAGGAAUACUCGCCCACGUCGCCAGCAUAUGAGCCAACUGAUCCUUUCUCGCCAAACCCGUACGCCGUGGAAGUCGCUCAGGACUUGGAAGCGGCUGAAGAUUCUCCUGAAGAAGCGGAAGACGAAACGGCCCAGCAUGCUGGGGAUGGUUCGACCGCUUCUUAG